GUCAUCUUGUCGCCUGUCGCUUCCUCGCUUCAAUCGUCGCCUCGCCGCUAUCACCAACGACAACACUCUUCACUGUAUUCCAUCAUCAAAGCCACCGUCACUUGCUUGUCAGCGCGCUACAUCCAUGGCCUUUCGCCUCGCUCUCUAGACUAGUGCCUGAGAAUCCGAGCGAUCGUUCAAACAUCACUUCUGCGCGCCUGUCAUGCCGCAUGCCGUCGAUGCAUUCGAGCUCCAAGAUCAGGCCGACGAUGCCGAAAUCGCGCGCCUUCUCAACGAUGAGAACCCUGGCAACAACGAUCUGAAUUUCGACCGAGACCUGGAAGUGGGAGAAAAGGCUGACGAUGCCAUCGACUUCGAAGACAUAAGCGACGAUGACCUAGCCGAAGAUGAAGACGAUGUCAAGCCAAAGGUUGAAAGCUCGCCCGCCGACGGCCUUAUCAACCAGCUUGAGCCGACAACUGAGCAAGACGAGAACCACGAUGACCUAUUUGGCUUCGAAGACGACCUGUUUGGCGACGACAACGACGACGAUCAGGAUGCCAGAGUUGGCGUGCCCCAGUUGGACGACCAGGCCCAAAAAGUCGAUUCCAAACCAUCCCUUCCAAUCAGCCAUGGUGGCCUCGCUUUACCAUCAAAGUCAAACCUCGCUCUGCCAGGCUCUUACACAUCCUUAGCUCUGCCGCAAAUGUCGGAUGACCUUAUCGAAGACGAGCAAAUGACGGAUAUGGACAUCAUUGAAGAGCAGGAUGACGAAGAAGAUGAUGAUUGGCUACGGCAGAAGGCCUUGUUCGCAGCUAUGGAGCAAGAGAGAGUUGAGCGCAGCAGAAGAGGCGGAUCAUAUGAACCACCUACUGCUCCGGAGACGGAAAUGGAAGUCUUCUAUUCUAUAUGGCCAUCAUACGAUCCAGAGGAGCGCCCGCGUUUCACCGAGCUCUUCCCUCCCCGGCGUGGUAUUUACGGCUGGAAGACUCCUGUCAAGCCUCCUAAGCCUGUCCAACCGACUAAGCUCAGUCUUGAUCUUCAACAUGACCAAGAGAAGAGUUUCAGACUCUUGGGCGCCGCCACCAUGGGUAAGCAAGCGAGAGGAGGAGCUGCUGAACAACAGGGGGUCAUCCGUGUCGAGGACACUUCUGCUAAACAAAAAGAUACUGAAGACGUGGUUGAUUUGGACGAGAUUGAUCCAAACGAGCGCGUUGGUGGUGUCUCAUGGCAUGACUUGACCGUUCUUUGCGAGGACUGGGACAUGGAAAGUGGCGCAUCUUCACCCGGUCACUACUCGCUUGUGGAUAGCGGUGUCGACAUGGGUCGGGACUCACGAUCGCCUCCCGCAGCCAAGCGCAAGAUACCUGGGUUCGACUUGGAAGAACCCACAGCCAAAAAGCUCAAGGUCGCUGGGUUUGACCUCAAGGCCGCUGUUGCCAUUUCGCACACGUAUCCAUCACUGGACGAACCCGAAAGGGCGACCGCGUACAUUGCCAAGCGAGUUACUCUCGAUAUGAACGAUCCUGGACUCCUCUUAGAUGAGAACGCGCCAGCCACCCAACCCAAGAGACUGCGUCAUAACCCUGGCGAUAUGCGCCGAGAAACCAGGACCGCGAUGGCGCGUGAUAUGACCAAGAGAUAUAACAUAUCCAACGACGAAGCCUACGAACUCCUGAAGGAGAACCACCAGCACAAAGUCCGCAGCACACUCGGUAGUAUGGCUGUUGAGCAUAGUCUGCCCGCGACCAAGCUGCAGUUCCCCUUCUACAGGGUCAGCCUCGACGACAAACAGAAGCGCGCAUUCCACCGACCUCUUUUCACAGGCGAGAGACCCAACAAAACCAUCACUUUCAGCAAGCCCAAGAGACUCAAGAGGAAGGAGAUGCGUGGCAAGGACGUCUCGGCCCUUUUUGCAAAGUCAGAAGACUUGUCUAUGGCCGACAACUCCAGUGCGCUGCUUCUCGAAUACUCUGAAGAGCAUCCCGUCAUGCUCUCCAAUUUCGGUAUGGGUAAUCGUCUGAUCAACUAUUACAGAAGAAAAGAUGCCGAAGAUUCUUCCAGACCGAAAGAGGAGAUUGGCGAAACCCAAGUGCUCCUGCCUCAAGAUCGCAGUCCAUUCGCGAACUUUGGUCAGGUUGAUCCUGGAGAAAUUGUACCCACCAUACACAACGGCCUCUACAGAGCACCAGUAUUCCGCCACGAAGGCAAAUCGAACGACUUCCUGGUCAUCUGCAAUGAAACGCACAAGAAUGGCAAGAAGUAUUUCAUGCGCAACAUAGAGAAUCUGUAUGCCGUCGGACAGCAGUUCCCCUCCGUGGAGGUUCCCGGGGAGCAUUCCAGAAAGGUCACGGACGCUGCCAAACGUCGUCUUCGUGCAAUUUCGUAUCGCGUUUAUAAGAAGAGCGCUGAUCCUGCUAUCAGAGGCCGACCUCUUACCAACGAAGUCGUCAAGGCUCAUUUGCCUGGCAGCGAUGUUGCCCAGAACCGUGGAAAGAUGCGUGAGUUUAUGCAAUAUGACAAGAACAACCAACUCUGGCAUCUCAAGGCAGGUGAUUCUGUUCCUGAUUCAGAGACCCUUCGCGGGUGGAUCAAGCCCGAAGACAUCUGUGUUCUUGAUUCGAUGCAAGUGGGUGUGCAAUACCUCAAAGACCUUGGUCUCAAGAAAGAGGACGAUGACAAUGAAGAAGAUGAUGCCAAAGAGGGCACGAACGUUGAGCUCAAACUCGCUCCAUGGAACACCACGAAGAACUUCCUCAAUGCCUGUCAAGGCAAGGCUAUGUUACAAUUGCAUGGCGAAGGCGAUCCAUCGGGUAGAGGUGAAGCGUUCAGCUUCGUCAAGACUUCCAUGAAGGGUGGUUUCAGAGCGCAAGGCGAGAGUAUUGAAGAGAGACUUGAUGCCAAGCGACUUAAAGAGAACGGAGGACACAGCUACAACGUAGCCAAGCAACAAAGAGCCUACGACGAAUCCAUCCGUCGCAUCUGGAGAUCCCAGCAUGAGAGUCUCUCAUCACGUAUGGAAAAUUCUGAGGGCGAAGCUGAUGUGGACGACGAGCCUGAGGCGGGGCAAAGCUUCCGAGCCGGGACACCUCGAUCUUCUAUCGGAACGUCUGCGUAUGGAAACAACAGACGGGACGAUGAGUCUGCAAGUCAGUUCAGUCGCAAUAGUAUGAGCCAGAACAACAACUUCAUGGUGAUCAAGAGGACUGUGCGCGACAAGUAUGGCCACUCGGAAGAGCAGACAGAGACAAUCACCAAUCCCAGGGUCAUCGCAGCAUACAAGAAGCGUAAGCUGCUGGCACGAAGCCAAGCAAUCGACAUCAUGAACACCAAGGCAACCGGCGACCAAGACUUCGAUGCGCUUCAAAAACAACUUAUGCAAGCAGAAAUAGAACGCUUGGAACGUAAUAUGGGACGUAGACAGGCUCGCGAACGCGCUAAAGGUAUAGGAAGCGCCGCGUCGCCUUCUGCCGCGGCGUCUCCUGGCGGCGAUGGUGCCGAUGGCGGUGAAGCUGCAACUCCGGCACCGACUGGCAAAGGCAAGGGCCGCUCGAAGAAGAACACCGAGGGCACAGCCCGAAAGUGUGCCAACUGUGGUCAAGUGGGCCACAUCAAAACCAACAAAAAGCUCUGCCCGAUGCUCAACGGUACGAUGAAGCAAGAAGACAUGGCUGUAACAGGAUUCGGCGGCGGCCCUGGGCCAGGCGCUGCUGGUGCUGGACCGGGAGGUGGAACCUCAUCUUUCGGUGCUAUGCCAGCCUAGUGGGCACAACGCAUGGCCAAGUUUUCCUAAUGGAUGAAGCACAGUACGCAAGGUGAUUAAAAAUUCACAGAUGACGGACGAUGGAGCGAAGGCUAUAAUUCCCCCG